AUGUCCGAUCAUCGGAAAGCCGAGCCGAGCGGGCCCAACGACGCCACCGCCGCCACCGACGCCGCAUCGCUCCACUCGUCCGAAGUCUCCUUCGAGCUUUCUCUGCAUUCAUCCAACCGUCCUGAAAACGAACCUGAGCCGUUACACAGAUCGCUCAGUCUAGAACGCACAGAUACAUAUCUCGCGUCGCGACCGGAGACUGUUCCUGUUCUAGAGUAUGUCCCCAAAGAAAACCGCCGCGGCGUUCUUCUGUCGUGGGCGGUGAUUCCAGAAGCCGUCAAUCCUCGUUUGUAUCUGGAGAGAACAAAGUUGACGCUUGUUCUCGUAGUGGCCUUUGCGGCCGUGUCGGGCCCCAUGGGCACGUCCAUUCUAUUACCUGCCAUUGACGAUUUGGUGGACCAGCUUCAUACCACCACGACCAUUGCCAAUAUCUCGGUGGGUAUCUAUUUGAUCUCUUUGGGAGUGUUCCCAUUGUGGUGGUCUUCUCUCUGUGAGCGGAUCGGCCGCCGAACCGUCUACGUGAUCUCGUUCGCGUGGUUCUUCGCAUUUUCCAUAGGAUGUGCUGUAGCCCCCAACAUCACUGCCCUCAUCAUUCUACGUCUCUUGGCCGGCUCGGGCGCUUCGGCAGUGCAGGCCUGUGGUGCAGGUACCAUCGCAGACUUGUAUGUUCAAGAGGAGCGUGGGCGCGCUCUUGGCUUGUUCUACUUGGGUCCUCUUUUGGGUCCCUUCAUCUCGCCCAUUAUGGGUGGUGCCGUGGCCAUCAAAUGGGGCUGGCGCUCGACCAUGUGGAUCAUGGUUAUUGUUUGUGGUCUCAAUGUGAUCACCAUUCUUUUGUUCUUGCCCGAAACGCUUCAGAACGACUUCGACAUCAGUCAGUUGAAGAAACAAAUCGCUCAGCAGGUAUUGGAUGUAGACCCCAACGACGAGAAAAACGUUGAUUUGGAGCGUAUGGCCACCAAUUUGUCACAAAGCACCUCAUUCCGUCGCCUCAACAUGUUGGACGAGACCCCAGUGGACGCACUCAUGCCCGCUGUCUCUCGUCAUGAAACCAAUCAAAGUGCAUACUCAAAAGCAAUUUUGCAAAAGGAAUUAUCCCGGCUCGAGUCUAUAGAAUCUGGUCAGAAUUCGUGGCCCACCUUGCUUUAUGACCUCUUCAUUCGGCCACUCCACUCUUUGGUGUUGUUUGGCUACCCACCUGUGACCUUAGCCAUCGCUUUUGCUGGUAUUUCCUUCGCUGGUAUUUACUUUGUGAACAUUGCCAUUUCCACCCAAUACAGCAGUGCCCCAUACAACUUCAAAAGUAUCAUUGUGGGUCUUAUGUACGUCCCCAACUCCAUCACAUACUUCCUCGCAUCUGUGUAUGGAGGCAAAUGGAAUGACAGUCUUUUGAAGCGUGCUGCCAAAAAGAACAAUGGAAUUUUGACUCCGGAGUCGCGGAUCUCAUGGAAUGCCGUGCUCGCGAUCUGUCUCUAUCCACCGCUGUGUCUCAUUUUUGGUUGGUGCAUGCAAAAGAAGACGUUCUGGGUGUUUCCAUUGAUUGGAACGGCGCUCUUCGGAUUGUCCUCCAUGCUCACCAUUGGCCUUGUGGUCACCUAUCUUGUGGACAUUCUUCCUGGAAGAGGCUCCACCGGUAUUGCAUUGAACAAUUUGUGCAGACAGCUUUUGGCUGCCAGUGCCACAUUUGUCACCGAGCCUCUCAUCAAUGCGUUGGGAAUCGGUGUUCUUUUCUCGAUCUAUGUUGGAGUUUUCCUCUGUGCUUCCACAUUGAUGUGGCAUCUCAAACGGAACGGCGCCAAGUAUAGGGAGAAGUACGACUUGACGGACUUUUAUGCUCGUCUCUAG